CGCCACCUGCGCCCAGUCAGACAACCAAACAUGGCGGCUGGUCCGUAGCGCAAUACAAUAAAGCAUUGAUAUUAUUAUCAAUUGUCAGCAGUCAUAUCAAAAGUGGACCCCUUUGGCAAACACGAAUGAAAACUCUCGUUGGAUCUACGGUUUCCUGGAUUAUAUAUUUGUGGUCGUUCUCCUGGGGAAAGACGGGCUUCGUUCCGCCUAGGGGAUCGGUCGGUAUUGCCUUCGUGGUUUCGCCAUCAGUGGAUACCUAAACAAAGCUUCCUGGACAGUGGGGCUGUUUUUUGUUUUUGCCCAGCGUCCUGCAACCCAUGAAUCUCUUCGGAUUAAUCAUCUGAUAUGUUAAAGAGGUGAUCUCCGACCCUCGCCCCCAUCGCCCUCAUCCCCCAUCCGGGGGGGAGGAUGUCCUCGCCACAAGCUUCCCCCUCCACCCUCCCUUCCCCUGGCCCCCAACCCGCCCCUGCUUCAGCCACCCUGGACUCCCUCUCCGUCUCCUCCCUGUUCUCUGAUGACGACCUGGAGGAGGAGGAGGGGGAGGGCGGGGAGAGAGGAGAGGGAGACGAGGACGAGGACGAGGACGAGGACGAGGAGGGCCUGGGUGACCUGGAGGUGAACCCGUACGACGGCCUGCCCUUCUCGUCGCGGUACUACGUCCUGCUGGGGGAACGCCGGCAGCUGCCCGUCUGGAGGCUGAAGUACCGGCUGCUGGAGCUCCUGGAGAGCCACAGCAUGGUGGUGCUGAGUGCCCCCAGCGGCGUGGGCAAGAGCACGCAGGUGCCCCAGUGGUGCGUGGAGUACGCCCUGUCCCACGAGUUCUCCCAGGGCCUGGUGUGCUGCUCCCAGCCCCACUCGGUGGCGGCGGGCAGCCUGGCCCUGCGCGUGGCCGACGAGAUGGACCUGAGCCUGGGCCUGGAGGUGGGCUACAGGGUCCCGCACGACGACAGCUGCACCCCGGACACCCUGCUCAGGUUCAUGAGCGACUCCCUGCUCCUGGAGGAGAUGAUGUCGGACCCCCUGCUGCGGCAGUACGGCGUGGUGGUGCUGGACGAGCUGCAGGAGCGCACCAUCCCCACCGACGUGCUGCUGGGCCUGCUGUGCGACGUGUGCCGCCAGCGGCCCCACGACCUCCGCGUGGUCCUCCUCUGCCACCCCUCGCUGGCCCCCCGCCUCGCCGCCUUCCUGGGGCCCGCGCCCCUCCUCGCGCUGGACCCCGCCCCCGACGCCCCAGCCGCCACCCCCCCCGCGGGGGCGUCCGGAGGCUGCCCGGGGCCGGAGCAGGGCCCCGGGGAGGGGGCCGAGGGCGAGGCGGCGGCGGCGGCGGCGGUGGCGGCGCCGGGGCCGCGGGUGGAGACGGUGUACCGGGAGCCGGCGGCCGGGAGGGAGCGCCUGGUGGCGGCGUGUCACAUGGUCCUGGAUCUGCACCGACGGGGCGAGGAGGGCCACGUCAUGGUGUUCCUCGCCAGCGCGCAGGAGGUGGAGGAGUGCUCCGCCCUGCUGGAGAAGGAGGCGGUGGCGCUGAGCCCCCACCUGGGCCCGCUGCGGACGCUGCCCCUCCACGCCGGCCUGGGCGCCGCCAGCCAGCGGGUGUACGAGGCCGAGGUCCCCCCGCCGCCGCCGACGCCCCCCAGGGGGCCGGGCGGGGGGGGGGAGGCGGGGCGGCGCCGGGUGGUGCUGACGGACACCCUGGCCGAGGCGUCCUUCUCCAUGCCCGGGAUCCGCUACGUCAUCGACACGGGCCUGCAGCUCAAGACCGUUUACAAUCCACAAAUACGGGCAAACUCCCAGGUCCUCCAGCCAAUCAGCAAGCAGCAGGCAGACAUGCGCACGGAGAGGGUCAACAGCUGCCUUAAAGGGCUGUGUGUGCGUCUGUACCCCCAGGCGCUGUACGAUCAGGGCAUGCAGGAGGAGCACUGUCCCCGGGUCGUGGAGGAGAACCUCAGCAGACUCGUCCUGCUCCUCAAACGGCUGGACAUCGCUGACAUGGGGCAGUGCAAGUUCCUGGACAGACCUGCCCCGGAGGCCCUGAUGCAGGCCCUGGAGGACCUGGACUACCUGGCGGCGCUGGACGACGACGGCAACCUGUCGGAGGUGGGCAUCAUCAUGUCGGAGCUGCCCCUGGAGCCGCCGCUGGCCAAGGCCCUCAUCGCCGCCUGCGAGUACGACUGCGUCAACGAACUGCUCACCAUCGCCGCCAUGCUCACAGCUCCAUCCUGCUUCAUGACCUCAGCUCCUACCGGCGAAGAAGCUGUGAUCUCCCAACGGCGCCCUCUACUGCACGCAGAGGGCGACCACUUCACUCUCAUCAAUAUCUAUCAAGCUUUCGUAGAACAUAAACAGGACGAGGCGUGGUGCACGACAAACUUUCUCAGCUCUGCUGCACUACGAUUGGCUGUGGUGAUCCGGGCGGAGCUUCUGGAGGUGAUGCAGCGAAUAGAGCUUCCUGUGUCCCCCCCCGCCUUCGGCUGUCAGGACAACUGCACCAACGUGAAGCGAGCCCUCAUCUCCGGCUUUUUCCUUAAGGUGGCCCACGACGUGGACGGCUCGGGGAACUACCUGCUGCUCACCCACCGCCACGUGGCCCACCUCCACCCCUUCUCCUCCUACCUGUGCAGCCAGCCUGCCUCGGACCCGCCGCCCUGGGUGCUGUACCACGACUUCACCAUCUCCCACGACAACUGCAUCUGCACCGCCUCCCACGUGCACCCGCACAUGCUGGUGGAGCUGGCUCCGCAGUACUACCUGGGGAACCUGCCUGCGAGCGAGGGGAAGGAGAUGCUGAGGGAGCUGAGGCAGACCCUGGAGCAGGGCAGGGCGCCGGGGGAGGGCGAGGCGCUGCUGCACAGCUACACCCACCCCAGCCUGGAGGAGCGCCGGGGCGAGGGGCGCGACAGCCAGGACAACAAUGACAUCUGCGUCCUCCAGUGAAGGAGGGUCACUCUCAGCAUCCAGGAGUUCGAGAAAGAAAGUCGAGGGAACGGAAGCGGGGUGUUUCCCCGACGUGGGAUUAGCGCCGUCUCUCCUCCCCCCCCCCCCCCCCCCUCAAGAAGUUAGCGCCUUCCUCUUUGGUUUGUCCCUUUUUUUUGUGGCUUUGAAGGAAUUCCUCGUCUCUGGGAAUAUGUACGCACGGAAGCUGUUGUGUGUCUGUUUGACUUUUUUCACGUGAGCUGAGACGUUUUUUUUAUAUUUGAUCGCAAGGGUACUUUUCUCUCGAGUCUUUAAAUCACUAUUUUAGAUAAUAGGAAUAAAACAGAAGUAAUAUAUUUGGAAUAAAUCUAGAUCCUUCCUUCAGAGGGGAGAUGCUGGACCUCGGAGAACACUAAGGUUAAAUGGCGCUCCAUGCAGACGCCCAGAGAGAGAUGUGAACGGUGUACCUCAGGGCUUCAUGCUGCGCUGCGGUGCUGAUAGAAACCUAUCGCUCCAGUUCUGCUGUUUAAAAUCCAUUGUUUUUAUACUGUUUGUACAGUUUGGGUACAUAUCCUCCUUCCUUUGCAUAUGAUGAGUCCCUCCCUCUUUCUUUCCAGCAAUGAAGUGUGAAUAUUGGUGUGUGUUUGUCUAAAGUGAAAAUAUAUUGCCUCUAUUUAAUUUGAACAAUGAAUAAAAACAAUUGCAAUUA